GGGCCGCGCGCGUGAGCCUCGGCAACUUUUCGCCAAGAUUUUCCGCCGCCGGUGAUUGUCGGGCGCGGUGGUCUCCAACUUCUCGGAGAACUCGCGGCGUCGAAAGCUCGCAAAUUCGGACUCUUGUUUGAAUAUUCAAAACAAAACAAGCCCAAGACCUAAGCGAGGAGUUGCGGUUUUGGGUUUAGCCACAGCGAACCUCGCAAAAGAGCAAAAGAGCAAACAUGAUCAAGCAUUUGAGCAGGCCUAUGAACUCACUUGAGGAGAUCACACAAGUCAAAAGCGACGACCAUCAAGGCGAAAAAAGACCAAAAAAAGCCUUGGAAAGUGCUCGAGUAUUCAGACGAAAAAAAAGGCGAUUUCUGAACUUUCAAAUUCGUGCCUGAAUAGUUUGCAUGAGUUCCCCGGUCAGGUUUGCACGGUGUCAAUUCAUACUUAUUGGCUCUUGUUGUGGUUCGUCAAUUUUUCAUACUGAGAACCGAAGCAGACAGAUAAGGCGCUGGAGGUUCGACGCCGCUGGGAGCACGCCGUCAAAGUAUGCGAGAAAGUCAUGAGCGAGGUCGUCGGCCCCGAGCUUGAUGCCCUGCCGGAGCGUUUCCCAGAUGCGUACAAGGAAAGCGCCAAAGAGCUUGCCAAGGGGCUGCGUGAUUUUGCACUCAACUGUAAGGCGAAAGUAAACCCCACAGCGGCAGCGGGAUCAACGGGGCAGCAGCGUAACUUGGCAGAGCUUCUUCACGUUUUUAAAAACGUCGAAAAGAAGAUGGCGAAGAUAUCGAAUGCUGCAGACAAUGGGCUGUCCCCUACUGCAGCUGCAUCUUCUCGCCAAGCCCCUUCACCUAAAAGAAGGGCGACCGAGCUUGAGCAAGAAAUGUUCGCCACGGUGAUGAAUCUACAGCGGACAGGCAUCAAAGAGAUUCUCCGCGAUGUUCUUGGCGGAUGUUGGAAAGAGGAAAAACUACAGGACUGGGCAACGUCAAUAAUAGAAGGUGGAGGAGGAUCUGGUGGACUGCUUAAUGACAAGUGGUCCGAGCUCUUUGUUGCCGCCCUGGUGGCGCAGACAAUAUCGCGCGAGCGGAUGAAAGGGAUAGCGGAGCAGACGUGCGGACGUCGAAGCGAACAAGAACAACAAUGUCAUUAAGGCUCAGAAUAUUUCAUUUCUAGAAGUCAUUUCUCGCAAUUUUCUUCUUGGGAAUCUGAAGAAAUGAACGCAAGAAGUGAAAUGUUUUGAGCUCUAAUGUCAGGAGAAAGUGAAGAAGUCUCUGCGCGGCGCCAUCCAACGUUUGACCAGCGCGACCAAAGAAGGAGCUUUGGACUUUUGUCGCAACCGCAUUGAAGAUGGCACACUAGAAGACGAAAUCGACAGCGUGCUCGAGAACGAGACGACGUCCGAAAUAUAUCUUGUCUUCGAUGAGGAUGGGCAGACAGCCUUGCCAGCAGGGCCCUAGUGCUGGUUAGAGGUGGAACAGGAAACAAAGUAGGUGGUAGCUAAGAGACUACAGCAGGUGGAGGAAUUAGCGAAGGCCAAAAGAAUGAGAUUGAAAAUGGAAACGGUGGAGGCUAAAACUAAAAGAAGGUGGAGAU